AUGGCGGCGGGCGGCGGCGGCGGCGGCGGCGCGGACCCCCUGUGCCCGGCGGGCGCGCCCUGCGCCUUCUCCCCGCGCGGCCGGGACCUGUUCGCCUUGGCGUCGGGCGACGGCCACCUGCGCGUGUGGGAGGCGGCCAGCAACCGGCUGCACCAGGAGUACGUGCCUUCCGCGCACCUCAGCGCCACCUGCACCUGCCUGGCCUGGGCGCCCGCGCGGCUGCAGGCCCAGGAAAGUCCCCAGAGGAAAAAGAGGAAAUCCGAAGCAGUAGGAACGAGUAACCAGACUGACUUGUUGGCCCUGGGUACAGCUGUUGGUAGUAUUUUGUUAUACAGUACAGUAAAAGGAGAAUUGCACAGUAAAUUAGUAAACGGUGGACACGACAACAAAGUCAAUUGUAUACAGUGGCAUCAAGACAAUGGCUGUUUGUAUAGUUGUUCAGAUGAUAAGCACAUCGUGGAGUGGAAUACACAGACGUGCAGAGUCAAGUGCAAAUGGAAAGGCGACAACAGCAGCGUCAGUUCCCUGUGCAUCAGCCCAGACGGAAAGAUGUUGCUUUCAGCUGGCCGAACAAUCAAACUCUGGGAUUUGGAGACCAAAGAAAUCUACAGACACUUCACAGGGCAUGCAACGCCAGUUUCUUCACUUACCUUUACCACUAUCCGGCCUCCUAACGAGAGUCAACCCUUCGAUGGGAUCACGGGCCUUUAUUUCUUAUCAGGAGCAGUGCAUGACCGGUUACUUAAUGUCUGGCAGGUCCGGUCAGAAAACAAAGAAAAGAACGCAGUGAUGUCUUUCACAGUGACAGAUGAACCUGUAUACAUUGACUUGACCUUGUCAGAAAAUAAAGAAGAGCCUGUUAAGUUAGCUGUCGUUUGCCGAGAUGGUCAAGUUCAUCUUUUUGAACACAUAUUAAAUGGGUACUGCAAAAAACCUUUGACUUCAAACUGCACGAUUCAAGUAGCAACGCCUGGGAAAGGCAAGAAAUCAACACCCAAACCCAUCCCUAUUCUAGCCGCUGGAUUUUGCGCAGACAAAAUGUCAUUGUUACUUGUCUAUGGCAAUUGGUUUCAGCCUGUCAUUGAAAGAGUGGUUUUAAAUUCCAAAGAAUCUCAUAUGUGUUUAAUAAGAGACAUGUCCAAUUGCUGGGCCCCAAAAGUAGAAACAGCGAUAACAAAGGUGAGAACACCGGUGAUGAAUUCCGAAGCCAAGGUUCUGGUUCCUGGGAUACCUGGUCAUCGGGCUGCUAUCAAGCCUGCUUCUUCACAAACAAUGGAAGAAGUGGACAGUAAGAGGAAAUUGGGGGAAAAUGAGGUCAGCAUUGAGGAGCGCCUGGGAGCGUUGGACAUUGAUGCCAAAAAGGGAAAGGGAGACCUCCAGACCAACAGUUUCCCAAUUCUGCUCGCACAAGGUUUAGAAAGCAAUGACUUCGAAAUGCUGAACAAAGUGCUUCAGACUAGGAAUAUAAACCUAAUAAAGAAGACUGUAUUGAGGAUGCCCCUGCAUGCUGUUAUUCCGCUGUUACAAGAGCUCACGAGGCGGUUACAAGGCCACCCGAAUAGUGCCGUUUUAAUGGUCCAGUGGCUCAAAUGUGUAUUAACGGUUCAUGCCUCCUACCUAUCCACAUUGCCAGACUUGGUUCCCCAGUUGGGGACACUGUACCAGUUAAUGGAGAGCAGAGUAAAAACGUUUCAGAAACUCUCCCACCUUCAUGGAAAACUCAUUCUUCUAAUCACACAAGUUACAGCAUCAGAAAAAACAAAGGGAAUGACUUGGUCCUGUACAGAAGGCAGUUUGAUAUACGAAGAAGAAUCUUCUGAGGAGGAAUCUGAUGAUGAAAUAGAUAAGGACUCUGAUGAUAAUUGGGAUGAAGAUGAGGAAGAGAAGGCAAGUGAAAAAGAAGAGGAGGAAGAAGAGGGGGAUAUUGAUGAAGAAAAUGAAGAGGAAGAUGAGGAUGCUGAAGAAAAUGGUGAGGAUAGAGAUGGGACAAGUGAAAAAGAAUUGAACGGAGAUUUAGAUUUAGAUCCUGAAAAUGAGAGUGAAGAAGAAUGAAGAGA